UUCCGCCCCUCUCACUCACUCUCUCUCUCUCUCUCUCUCUCUCUCUCUCUGUGUAUGAGUCGUUUUUGUUAGGGUUAGUGUUGUUGUUAUGGUGUAACAGAAACAUUGGGAAAUGGAGGCAGAUGAAGAGUACAGAAGGAAAGAGCGCAUAGUGCUGGUGCUGAUAGUGGUAGUGGCUUCGGUGGCCGUGUCCUCCUUGCUCGUGGCCUUCAGCUACUACUGCUACAUUCGCAACAAGGUCUCCAAGCGCCUCCAAAGGGCUGAUCAUGAGGACAAUGUUAAUCUGCAACUUGUGGCUGAGAAUGGACUUCAGGUGUUCGCUUUCAAACAGCUACAUUCCGCAACCAGUGGUUUUAGCAAGUCAAAUGUGGUUGGGCAUGGUGGGUUCGGGUUGGUGUACCGAGGGGUGCUCAGUGAUGGGAGGAAAGUUGCUAUCAAGUUGAUGGAUCAGGCAGGAAAGCAAGGAGAAGAGGAAUUUAAAGUAGAGGUGGAAUUGCUAGGCCGGCUGCGUUCUCCUUAUUUGUUGGCAUUGCUUGGGUAUUGCUCAGAUAAUAAUCACAAAUUGCUGGUGUAUGAAUUCAUGGUAAAUGGUGGUCUGCAGGAACAUUUGUAUCCCGUCAGCAGUACUAAGGUGCUCUCCUUAAAAUUGGACUGGGAAACUCGAUUAAGAAUAGCUCUUGAAGCUGCAAAGGGUUUAGAAUAUCUACAUGAACAAGUCAGUCCCCCAGUAAUUCAUAGAGAUUUUAAGAGCAGCAACAUCCUAUUAGACAAAAAUUUUCAUGCCAAAGUUUCUGAUUUUGGAUUGGCCAAGCUUGGAUCUGAAAAAGCUGGUGGACAUGUUUCAACCAGAGUGUUGGGCACCCAAGGAUAUGUUGCCCCUGAGUAUGCCUUAACAGGGCAUCUGACAACAAAAUCAGACGUGUAUAGUUAUGGGGUUGUCCUUUUGGAGUUGCUCACAGGCAGAGUUCCAGUUGAUAUGAAGAGACCUCCUGGGGAAGGUGUACUUGUAUCUUGGGCUUUGCCCCGGCUGACGGACAGAGACAAGGUUGUAGAGAUUAUGGAUCCUGCUCUGGAGGGUCAGUACUCAAUGAAGGAGGUUAUUCAGGUAGCAGCAAUUGCUACAAUGUGUGUGCAACCAGAGGCAGAUUACAGACCACUGAUGGCAGAUGUUGUGCAAUCACUGGUUCCACUGAUGAAAACUCACAGGCCAACAUCAAGGGUCGGCAGCUGCUCUAGUUUCCAUGUUAAGUCUCCAACACCCACAGCACAUGAUUUUAGUGAAGCAAGUUUAUGAAACUAGCUAAAAACCCUAAUUAAUAUAAACAAUCUCCAUGUGCUUCCCAAACUGACUUUAGAUUUACAUGCCCAUUUAUAAAUAAAAGUAAGUUGGUGGUUUGCUGUAAUGUUAGGUAUAGUGCUUGUAUUGAGAAAUUCGAUGAUUGAGACGACCCGCUUUGAACUCGGAGGCUGCACCUGUUAAAGAAUCUACUCUUCAAAUUUUUUCUCCAGCAAACCCUUCAUCUAUAGGCUUCUACCUUGUGAAUGUUCCAUCAAAUGCUAGACUAGUUGUGGAAUGCAAAGGCUACCCACAUACAUUGUUACAAUGAUGAUGGUGAUGACUGAUGGUGGGGUUACCCUGU